AUGGGUAAGCAUCAGAAUGACGUUGGCAAACAAAUAAAUACGAAAUAUGGGCCAGUUCAUGAUUCAAUAUUUAGACACCCAGGUAUAGUUGCUGCUUAUGUGCAGUUAUUGAUAAAUAUCAUCAUUGCAUUAUUAAUAUGUUAUUUGUUGGUUCACGUUUUCUAUAUGUUAAAGAAUGAUGUUCAGACAAAGAUAGAUCAGAUCAUUAGAAUAGAGAUUAAUAAAGUUAAAUUGUGCGAGAAGCAUUAUUCUAUGAAUCAAUGUGCUCCAGAGUUACGUGUACCUGCCCUUGAAGAAAUCUGUUCAGAAUGGUUCGCAUGUAUAAAUGAUGGUAAAAUUGUCACUGAUAAUAGUUUCUAUACUUUAAGAUCUGCAAAAUUGUGGAUUCAGACAAUAGCUGAUAUUAUAAAUACUUUUGUAGAAGAGAUUAAGAUAAAGGCCUUGGUAGUUAUUAUUACAACAAUUCUGUUAUCCAUAAUUACAAUAAAUUUGGUGUUCUCAAGACUAAUUACUACCUAUAGACAAGAUUGA